GUGUGACAAGUUACGCCCCGGAUGUGUGUGCGACAAGUUACGUAUCUUUUAGACUGUCGCGCACUUGUAUUUGUACAGCCCGUGCUUAGCGCCACCGCACAGACACCAGGAGCAUGGCGCGCUUCACUCUGCUGUUGGUCCUCAUCGUGGCCCUGGCCGUGGCGUCCGCGUUUCGUCGUAAGAAACGACCAGGCAAGGGAACGACUAGUGAGGGAACGACCAAGAAGGCUCAAACCAGCAAGCCGAACAUCCUCUUCAUAGUAGCUGACGACCUAGGAUGGAAUGACGUAGGCUGGCACAACCCUGACGUCAAAACGCCUAAUCUGGACAAGCUGGCUGGGGAUGGCGUCAUCCUCGACAAUUCUUACUACAACCCCAUCUGCACGCCGUCCAGAUCAUCCUUCAUGACAGGGAAGUACCCCUACCACUUGGGCACGCAGCAUUUGGUGUUCUUUCAUAUGAGGCCACAGGGUGUCCCGCUUGAGCAUAAGUUCCUGCCGGAGAAACUGCAGGACCUGGGAUACGCCACUCACAUGGUGGGCAAGUGGCACCUGGGCUUCUGCGACAAGAAGUACACUCCGACCUACCGCGGCUUCGACUCCUUCUACGGCUUCUACGAGGCAGAAGAGACGUACUACAAUCACAGUUGGGGUGCCGACCCUGAAAAUGGACCAUGGAUUGAUCUACGGGACAACGAAGAAGUGGUGAGGAACAUGACAGAUGAGUACGGCCCGGACUUCUUCACCACCCAGGACGUGAAAAACAUAGGGGAUCACCCCAAGGAUCAGCCGCUGUUCAUGUACGUGCCCUUCCAGCACGUGCACCGCCCCCUGGAGGAAGUUCCCGAAACUGCAUAUAGAAACAUGUAUCGGGAUGAGACAGACAAUCGUACGAAACUUCUUCGUGACAUGGUGACAGCCAUGGAUCUUAAUGUGGGUAGGAUUGUCGACGCGAUGAAGGGUGCCGGACUGUGGGACAACACUCUUCUGAUCUUUAGCACUGACAAUGGCGGUUGGCCUGAUCAGGGCGGUAGCAACUACCCCUACAAGGGCGGGAAGUUCACCCUGUGGGAGGGGGGCACUAAGGGCGUGGCCUUCGUGCACGGCAACAUGUUGGUGGAAACUGGAUACACCAACAAUGAGAUGAUCCAUGCUGUGGACUGGUUCCCAACGAUCGUGGCGGCUGCGGGAGGUAAUACAGAUGACCCCUAUGAGGACAACAACCUGGCAAGUACAAUGAAGGAAAAGCUGCUGGAGAUGAUGGAGAAGCUGAGGCAGUACAAGAAUGACGGCAAGAUGGUCAAUGCCAUCUUCCCAGAGAUUGACCCCAAUUCCCUCCCCAUACUCGAGGAAAAUGAGGGGGCCUGGUCCCCCGGUUGGUGUACAGCCAUAGUUAAUGGAGACAAGAAGUAA